AUGAUGGCCAACAAGAUGGAGGCUCCUGAGGAGCACAUGGUGGAAAUCGUCAAAGGGGACUCGGAAAUCGUACACAAGCAUGAGGUCGUCGACCUUGUCAACGAGAUCCGAGACGUCAAGCCCAGUGCGACUACACCCACCAUGUUCAGGCUCUACCUCAUUCUGUCCAUCGGCUACUUCUGCAUCAUCCUACAAGGCUACGACGGCUCAUUGAUGGGUGCCAUCAAUGCGAUGCCUCAGUAUUUGAACUAUUAUGGACUGAAAUCCGCAAGCGCUUCCACCGGCCUGGUAUUUGCGAUCUACAACAUCGGAGCGAUUGGAGCCCUCCCAAUAGCUGGUCCGAUAAACGACACUUUCGGCCGACGAUGGGGCAUGUUCACGGGCGCCGCGCUGGUCAUUUUCAGCACUUGCAUCCAGGCGCCCUCGACCUCCAAGGCCAUGUUUUUGGCGGGCCGCUUCUUCGUCGGGUUUGGACAGGGGUUUCUCAACGUGGCGGGCAUCACCUAUGUCAGUGAGAUGGCACACCCUUACUGGCGUGGUCCCCUCUCGGCCUUCCUCGAGACAAACUACUUUGUGGGCAGUAUCCUUGCCUCGUGGGUGACCUACGGGACCGCGUACAUGGCGGGGACCAUCUCAUUCCGCCUCCCCGUCUGGCUCCAGAUGGCCAGUUCCGGAUAUAUCGUGCUGGGCGUCUUCUUCUGCCCGGAGUCGCCGCGCUGGCUCAUGGCGCAGGACCGGUACGCGGAAGCCGAGGCCGUCCUGGCGACAUACCACGGCGAAGGAUCCCGAACCAGCCCCUUUGUCCGUCUGCAGCUGGCCGAGAUGCGCGCCCAGAUCUCCUCGGACGGCUCCGACAAGCGCUGGUGGGACUACCGCGACCUGUUCAUGACGCCCGCGGCGCGCCGCCGCCUGAUCUGCGUCGUGGGCUUCGCCUGGUUCGGCCAGUACUCGGGCAACGCACUGGUAUCCUACUAUUUCCCCGUCAUUGUCGAACAAACAGGCAUCACCAACCCGCACACACAAUUACUCCUCAACGCGUUGAACCCCGUCGUGUCAUGGAUCGCCGCGAUCCUCGGCUCUCUGCUCAGCGACCGCGUCGGCCGCCGCCCGCUCCUGUUGGGCGGCUUCACAGGCUGCGCCUUGUGCCUGGCCAUCGUGACAGGCCUGACCAAAGUCUCAGUGACAUCCGGCGGCGCCGCGGCCGGCCACGCGGGCAUCUUCUUCAUCUACCUCUUCAGCGUCGUCUUCUCCUUCUGCCUCACGCCCCUACAGCCAUUCUACAUCUCGGAAUGUCUAGCCACCGAGACCCGCGCAAAGGGCAAUGCCCUGGGCCAGAUCGUCGCCUCGGUCGCGGGCGUGGUGGGGCAGUACACCACGGGCGUCGCCAUCAGCCACAUCGGGUACUACUACUACCUGGUGUUUGUGUUCUGGGACUGUUUUGAGGUCUUGAUCACGUAUCUAUUCUUCCCCGAGACAAAGGGCCGCACCCUGGAAGAAAUCAACGAGAUCUUCAACGAUCCCCACCCGGUCAAGAAGUCCUUGGAGAGCAGGGGCGAUGCCACGGGUGUUUUGCACGCGACUUUGAAGGUGGGAGAGGAAGCGUGA